AUGUCAAGCUGCUUCUGCAAUCAUUCAAAGGAACAAACUGCUCCAGAGAAGGCUACUACAGACCCGGAAGAUCAAUUGAUCACAAGUACAGAUCCAAACCAUCCAGCCAACUUGAUUUGUGAAUUAUGUAAACUUUUCUAUGAUAACGGAUGGGUUACAGGUACUGGUGGUGGUAUAAGUAUAAGGGAUGGGAACAAGAUCUUUAUUGCACCAUCAGGAGUACAAAAGGAACGUAUGCUCCCAGAAAAUAUGUUUGUUAUGGACUUGGAAUCUACCAAAUAUUUGAGAACUCCGAAGAUUUAUAAACCAUCUGCUUGUACACCAUUAUUCAUGUCAGCUUAUACCAUGAGAAAUGCUGGUGCUUGUAUACAUACACAUUCGCAAGCUGCAGUUAUGGUUUCAUUGCUUUAUGAAAAGGAAUUCAAAAUUGCUAAUAUUGAACAAAUUAAAGCCAUUCCUAAAGUUACAGAACCAGGUUAUCUAAGUUUCUUUGAUACUUUGACCAUUCCAAUCAUUGAAAAUACAGCACAUGAAGAAGAUUUGACUGAUACACUACAAAAGGCAAUCGAAGAAUAUCCAGGUGCUACAGCAGUUAUUGUUAGAAGACAUGGUAUCUAUGUCUGGGGUGAAACUGUUUGGAAGGCUAAAGUGUACAACGAAGCUAUUGAUUAUUUAUUAGAAUUGGCUGUGAAAUUAAAACAAUUUGGAAUUCCACCAUAUGUUGCAGUUGGUGAAGAAAAGAAAUAUGUUGACCCAAAAAUCUACAAUUGA